UGACCACAAAUCAUAUCAUUCGAUUCAUGAUCUUUCUUCUCGCUUCAUCAUUCAGCGAAUUGUCUUCUUUUGAAAAUCAUUAUUUUCCGACAAAUUUAACAGUGAAAAAUUAAAAUGGCCGAUUUUUUCAAAAUCGAUGAGGUGGAUUCAUCCUUCGAACAACAACAACAUUCUCAUUCAUAUAUGGUCGAUAUGAAUUCUAUUUUAAUUGAUAAUAAUAAUCCAAUUAUUGGAGAUGUAACGACAGCAGCAACAGCAGCAACAACGACAACAACAAUGUCGACAACAUAUCAUUUAUUAUCGAGUGUCGGUCCAGAUUAUUACCUGAAUAAUUGUUCUCAACCAAACAUGGUUGAAUUUUCAAAUGUCAAUCCGGUGUAUGAUGAAAAUGACGAUAAACAAAGUGACAAACAUUUUAUUGACUCAUUCAAUUUACCAGUUGAUCUCGGUACAAUUUCAUCACAGCCUUCGGCAACCAAUGGACUCGGUCAUUAUUAUAACGAAACAAAUAAUUUGAAUUAUACACCAAUUUAUUCAAACUAUUCUCAAUCAUGGCCAGAUUCAUCUACUGAUUCUUCGAAUUUUUCUGCAUCAGCAAACAUUUUAGAUUCAUCAAUCCAAACACCAUUGGAACAAACACAAUAUUAUCCUUUCAAUUAUAUGGUUAAUAUUCCUGGACAACAUCAUUUGCAAUCAAGCGCUACAAACGAAUGGAAUAAUUAUGAUAAUAAUAAUGAUUUUUCAUUCUCAAAUGCUUAUGUGACUCCAUCCUCGGUUUCUUGUGUUUCAUUAUCGGAAGCAAAAUCCACAGAUGACAGUCCAAAACCUGAACCGGUUCAGCCUGAACAAAACAAACAAUCAUCAAUCAAGGUCAAAACACCUAUCAAUCAAAAGUCUAAUUCUAAUCAUUUAGCCGAUGAUUUAGCGAGAAAACUUGAAAUGAAACGUGAAAGAAAUCGUGUUGCUGCACGUAAAUGUCGAAACAAGAAACUUCAACAAAUCGAAGAAUAUGAAAAAAAUAUUGCUAUUCUACAGAAAGACAUAGAAAAAUCUGAAGCUGAAUUAAAAAUAAUAAAUGCUAGAAAAUUCGAAUUACGUGCUGCAAUUAUGAAUGCAUUAAGUUCAAUUCCAUUGGUAUGUCCAGAAAAAGCAAUAAUAUUCGAACAAAAUAAUCAAUAAUCAUCGUUCAACAAAUAACUAUUUCAUUUACUAAUCAUAAUUAAUUAAUUGAUUGAGAAUUUAAUUGGUAAGAUUCUAUAUACUUAAAUUGACUUGCUUAUUCAACGAAUUUGUGCAUUUUUUUCUUGAAUAAAUAAAUUUUCCACUUA